AUGUACUCAAAUGUACAAAUGACCCAUAGGCUCGUGGCUAGACUGGCGUAUACUACCACAAACAAGUCGAUUGCGAGACUAGCCUCCAUUGAAAUUCACACAUCCACCUUCAAUACCGAAUAUGGUGUCUUUCGAUAUGGCAUCAAAAAACAUGAAUGCAUCACAUUCCAGAGUUUGGAUUGCGAUGAACCUUCUUACGAUCAAUAUGAACAGACUAUGGAUACUAUUGGAUGCUCUCCUGACAGUUCGCAGCCAGCAAACGUUCUGGAAGGCAUGAAUAUCCUCCUGAGAGGAGCCCUAGGAACGGGGGAAAAGACGGUCGCUCAUGCGAUCUGCAACAUGCUCAAGCGCCCGAUGCUUGACGUUCGGGCGAAUGACAUUCCAUACCUUGCCGAUCUCGCGAUCGAGUGGAAUGCGUUGGUGGUCAUAGAUCAUGGGGAUGCACUGCUCAAGCCAUUCUCUGCUGCCAUCAAAUUUCUCGAUCUCGAUCUAGCAGCCUGUCGUCAAUGUUGGCUACAAGUUGACAACCUUUCAACUAUCUCUAGCAGCAAGCAUGCACCCGUCCCUACCAUGAGGGAUACGAAGAUGUGGACCUUCCUUUGGGAGAUUGAGAAGAUAUCUUGGUAA